AUGAAAGGUGCAAAGAACUCGCGGAUUCAGAUCCGUUCAUCAAUCAUACCAUUACUAGCUUGCAUUUCUUCCUUUUACCUCACCGCAUCCCUCGCCGACUCCGUCACCAAAGACGAAGCCAAACAACUCCGAAAUGAAGUCGGUGAAAUGUUCUAUCACGCUUUUAACGGUUACAUGGACAACGCUUUUCCACUCGAUGAAUUGAAGCCUCUAUCUUGUUCAGGAGAGGAUACACUUGGUGGUUAUGCAUUAACCUUGAUUGAUUCGUUGGAUACUUUGGCUUUACUUGGUGACCGGGAGCGGUUUACUGCUUCUGUUGAAUGGAUUGGUAAAAAUCUUCGCUUUGAUAUGAUAAAUAAGACGGUUUCUGUUUUUGAGACUACUAUUAGGGUUCUUGGAGGGUUGAUUUCAGCUCAUUUAAUUGCUUCUGAUUAUGCCACGGGUAUGAGAGUUCCAUCAUAUGAUAAUCAGUUGCUGAACUUGGCUGAAGAUCUUGCCAGGAGGUUGUUACCUGCAUUUGAUACUCCUACUGGAAUUCCAUUUGGGUCUGUAAAUUUAUUACAUGGAGUUGAUAAACAUGAAAGCAAGAUAACUUCAACAGCUGGUGGUGGAACCUUGACUCUUGAAUUUGGUGUUCUAAGCCGUUUGACAAAUGAUCCUAUUUUUGAACAAGUCACCAAGAAUGCCGUGCUUGCAAUUUGGGCACAACGUUCAAAGCUUAAUUUGGUUGGGGCUCAUAUUAAUGUUUUUACAGGUGAAUGGACUCAAAAGGAUGCUGGGAUAGGAACUAGUAUUGACUCUUUUUAUGAGUAUUUAUUGAAGGCUUAUCUAUUAUUUGGAGAUGAAGAGUACUUGUAUAUAUUCCAAGAAGCUUAUGCUGCUGCCAUGCAUUAUCUUUACCAUGAUCCUUGGUAUGUAGAAGUUAACAUGGAUUCCGCUGCUAUUGUCUGGCCAUUAUUUAACAGUCUGCAGGCGUUUUGGCCUGGCCUUCAGGUUUUAGCUGGAGAUAUAAAUCCGGCAACUCGUACUCAUGCUGCCUUCUUGAGUGUCUGGAGAAGAUAUGGUUUUACCCCCGAGGGCUUUAAUCUUGCUAGUCUAAGUGUUCAGCAUGGGCAAAAGAGUUACCCGCUGCGGCCUGAGUUAAUAGAGAGCACAUAUUGGCUAUACAAAGCUACCAGAGAUCCUAGAUAUCUUGAUGCUGGGAGGGACAUGCUAGCUAGUUUACAGUAUGGGACUCGAUGCCCUUGUGGAUACUGUCACAUUUCAGAUGUUGAACAUCACAAACAAGAAGAUCAUAUGGAGAGCUUCUUUUUAGCCGAGACAGUGAAGUAUCUGUGGCUCCUUUUUGAUUUGGCCGUGGGUCCUGAUAACCUUGUGGAAAAUGGGCCAUACAAGUAUGUAUUCAGCACUGAAGGUCAUUUAUUGCCUGCUACUCCUCAAAUCUCUCUUGUGAGGGAACAUUGUUUAUACUAUGGGGCUUAUUGUAGAAGUGGUGAUUUGAGACAAACUUAUUUUGUGUCCGAGGCAGAGAAAGAUAAGCACAAAUCAAAUGAUAGUAGAUUUUAUGGGAGCUGGACUAAAUCUACAUACUCCUCUGACUACACUACUUCUGAAGCAAGUGCUUCUUCUGGUUUGAUCAAGGGUUUCUGCCCAGGACUAAAUCAUGGACAGAAGUUUGGUUUAUCGUACAUGCAUUCAAACGAUGAACAUAGUGAUCGUGAAACAAUCCAACGGGAAGAACCUACAACUGUUCAAAGCCAUUCAGUGAUGCUUCUUCCUGCACAGAGUUCUGACCGAUCUGUACCUGAAUCUGGCAAUGAUCAUAAUGAUAGUCAGACUAGUGAAUCAGAUGUUACUUCUUGA